AUGGCUGCCCCACACCCCAGAAUGCCCGGCUUCCAGUCCGCUGGAUUGCCUAGAGCCCCAAACAUGACCAAAGUCGCAACCGGACCGGUAGCAAGAAUGCUCCCAACUCUGGUGGUCGUCGGUGCUGUCAGCUGCGUCGUCACAUAUGUCGGCUCUCAACUGUCUCACAGCAAGAACGAGUAUAGCAGAAUCUUCGCCCAGCAAAACACUCCAGUGGUUGAGGCCCACAGACGGGCCCAGCUGCAAGUCGAAACCAUGGGCGACCCCCGGAAGAGCUUGUUCAACGUUCUGGGCUGGUGA